UUUUUAUUCUUUGACCCAAACGGAACCGCGUUUAGUUUUAGUGAAAAAAGUUUCGUCAGCAUUCAACCUUAUCUAAUGCGUGGUGUAAAAAAUAUACUUUUAAGAGGAUAGAAGUAUUUGUGAAAAAAUAGAGAUCUAGAAUAGCUUUUGAAAGAGUUUAAUAUAUGAGUAUGUGUGAAAAAAUGACUCCAGAAACACCGUCAAGUUCAGGAAGUGACACACCAAAGACUAGUUGCAAAUCUGAAGAACGGUUAAUGGUAGCCGUCAGAAUUCGACCUCUUAAAUUAGAUGAAUCUACAAGAGUUUUAUAUGCACUAAAUAAAAAGAAUAUCAUUUUAGAAGAUACUGAUAAAUCAGAUGCCAUUCGGCAGAGAAAGGGCUUAGAAAAACAAUAUUCAUUUGAUGUGGUUUUCGGAGAAGACUCUACCCAAGAAGAAGUCUAUAAAGUCACUACAAAAAGUUUAAUCACUGAUAUUCUUAAGGGAUAUAAUUGUACUGUAUUCGCUUACGGAGCAACUGGUGCCGGAAAAACUCAUACAAUGGUAGGAACGCGAUCAGCACCAGGUAUCAUGAUUAGAGCUCUAAAUGAUUUAUUUGAAGCAGUGAAAGACAAAGAAGAUGAAUACUCGGUUACUAUGUCAUAUUUAGAAAUCUACAAUGAGCAAAUCAGAGAUUUACUCAAUCCUACAUCUGGAUUCCUAGAAUUGCGAGAAGACUCUAAGGGAAAGAACAUUCAAGUGGCAGGUCUAUCAGAAAUAUCAACUACUUGUACAGAUGAAGUCAUGCAACUGCUUCACAAGGGGAACAAAGCUAGAACAAUUGAACCUACAGCAAUGAAUCAAACAUCCUCCAGAAGUCACGCUCUUCUCAGUGUCACUGUACGACAUACAAUCCCUGUAAACAAAACGGAUCAUCUAAAAAUAAGAAUAAAACAAGGUCGAUUGUUUAUGAUCGACUUAGCGGGUUCAGAAAGAGCAAAUAAAACUAAAAAUAGUGGUAAAAGAUUACAAGAAGGAGCACAUAUUAAUAGAUCCUUAUUGGCACUUGGAAAUUGUAUAAAUGCAUUAAGUGGCGGUGCUCGAUACGUAAAUUACAGAGAUUCUAAACUCACCAGACUUUUGAAGGACGCUCUAAGUGGUAAUUGUAGGACAGUUAUGAUUGCUCAUGUAUCUCCAAGCCCAGCGCAAAAAGAAGAGUCUAGAAAUACUUUAAUAUAUGCCGACAGAGCAAAUAACAUUACUACGAAAAUAGAAAGGAACGUUCUAGAUGUAUCUUACCACGUUACUCAAUAUCAAACUGUGAUAAAUGAACUAAGGGAUGAAAUUUCUCGACUGCAACAUAAAAUGAAAGAGGAAAGACCCAGAUCCGCUGAUGUGAAUAAAUUAAAUGCAGAAGAAAGAAGAAACGAGGUACAACAGUUACGAGAGCAAAUUGUAGAAACAUUUAAAACACAGAUGAAAUUAAGGAGGAAAUUAAUGGAAAUUGAUACACACCUUUUGAGUUUGGGAAUGGAAUCGGAGAGACAACAUAUGAUAAUAUCACACUGGGAAUCUAGAAAUAAUAAAUUAUAUAAAAAUAGUUUAAAUGAAUCUAGAGCAAGAACACAACAAAGUGUUAGAAGGAAAAAUUAUACGGCUGGUGGCUUUAGAUCAGCUGGAUAUGAAAAAGAUGAUACGAGCGAUAUGGACACUGAUCAUGAAGGGGAAGUAGCUGUUCAACAAGCUUGGAGUGAACUAGCAGAUAUUGAAAGAGAACAAGAAAGGUGGUCAGAAUUACGUACUCAUAUCGAACAAAAGUUGGAGGUCUGCAGGCAAAGAGGUGUUACAUUAGAAGACCAACUUCCUACAUUAUUAUCUUCAGAUGACGAAAGAGAAAUUUUAGCGUUAAUGUGUCGAGUUCACGAAUUAGAAGCAGAUAAAAUGGCUUUACAGUCAGAAAGAUUAGUUAGACAACAUGAGCUUAGACGUAGGGAUCUACUUAUUCUACGUUAUGAUAGACAAAGACAAAUUUGUGAAGAAAUCAUAACAAGGCAACGUCAGUUAAUGGAAGAAAAGAAAAUGCAUCUACCACAAGAUUUACAAGAAUUGUAUCAUCUUUACCAGCAAGAAAUUCAUGCAUCCACUUAUACGGAUUUCAGUAUACCUCAAACAACUCCGGCAUAUACUCCAACAGAUAUUUUACCUCCGAUAGGAAAAAUGCGGAUGCCGACAUCUUUAAGUGGAAGCGACGCAAGUGUACUUUCUCCUCCUUCGUCAGCAGACUCUGGAGAUUCAAGUGUAGAUCGUUUAAUGGGACAACCUGUCAUAAGACAUACUUUUAGUAAAAAACUUCCACCACUCCCCCCUAGUCCGCCAAUCAAAUCAAGAAAAACAGAUUCCAGUUCCAUGAAGAAAAGCUUCAGUGAAAUGCGUCUCAGCGGAUCGGAAGAAGGUCCAACGUAAUAUUAAAUCUUUUUUUUAAUGUAUUAAUAUGAUUUUUCUCAGUAAAAUAUGUGUGAAUUUUUU